AUGGAACGAAAACGUAAAAUAGUUUCUACUACUGAUAUUGAAACAGAUCAAACAAGUAAAAAACAAAAGAAAUUACCGAAUGAAAGUGAAAAUACACGUUUACAUAGUGGAAAAUAUACAUUAGACAGUGAUGAAGAUGAUGAUGAACAAGAUAAUGCUAAAACAAUGAAUCAAGAUGAUCUUGAUGAAAUUGGACAAGAAAAAGCCACAAUUGGUUUUGAUGAUGAAGUUAAAAUUACACCAUUUAAUAUUGAAGAAGAAAUGGAAGAAGGACAUUAUGAUGAAAGUGGAUGUUUUCAAUGGAGAAAAAAAGAUAAAGACGAAGUUCAUGAUGCAUGGCUUGAUGAAAUCGACUGGACUAAUGUAAAAAAUUAUAAAUUAAAAAACUCUCAAACAACUGAAGAAAAUCCUGAUGAUCCAUCAAAAAUGAAUUCAUCAAAUAAUGAUGAAGAUGAUGAUGAUGAAACAAGUGAUAAUCAAUUUAAUGAAGCUAAUACUCUAAAAUCUAUACUUGCAAUUAUGCAACCUAAUGAAACUGUUGUUCGUGCAAUAAAACGACUUGGAGCCGCUGCCACAAGUAAUAAAUCUAAACAACGUAUAAAACAACGAAAACCAUUGCCCGGUGAAAUUCCAACUGCAUCACCUGUUGAAUUAACAUCAGAAGAAUUAAAAAAAAAUAAACUUUUACUUGAAGAAAUGACUGGUCUUGCCGAUCAAUUUGUAUCGAAUGGUCAACUUGAUAUUUAUCAAGAAACUUAUGAACAACUUAAAAAAAAACUUGAUCGGUUACAAUCAUCUGCUUCUAGUUCAACUAAUAAUCCAACAUUUGAUAUGUAUGCUGACAGUGAUAUUACUGCAUCAAUUACAAGCUCAACUUUAUCAAAUAAUAAAAAUGAUUCAUCGACUACUCUUUGGGAAUAUACAACCGAUAACAAUAGUACUAUUCAAGGUCCAUUUACAACUGAACAAAUGAUUCGUUUAACAAACAUCGAAGGAAAAUUAGAUAAAGAUAAAGUUCGUUGUCGUCGUGUUGGUACUGAACAAUUUUAUUCUAUAAAACGUAUUGAUUUUGAUCUUUAUCUUGAUUAA